UAGCUGGUGCUCCAGCAACCGUAACAAUGCCAGUUAGGUCCGAAGAUAUACGAGAAAAAAUAGAAAAUGGAAUCUACAAGCUUGCAGUAAACGACAAAAGCACGCGCAGCACUGUGUGGCGCGUUUACCGAAAAAUUGAGAAAGAGGAUGGCACAAUCCUUGAGAACCUAUUGUAUUGCACUGGCUGCAAGGGAUUAAUGUCUUUUACCCACAAAUCGACGACAAAUCUACGCCGCCACAGGUGCCAUCUGCAGUAUCUAAAAAAAGCACUUGUCUUCGGAUGUAAAUCAAGCCCAAAAACACACGAAGGCGAAAUCGACACGAGCGAAGAGGAGCACCACUCACCGAUGGACGAAACGGAACGGAUACCCGCCGUAUUAGAGAUGGAGGUGAGCAAGGAGGAAAAGCAUCAACACCUUGAGGACGAGCUUGAAAAGAAACCCACUGCCGCAGACGUUGCCGCCUUCGCCAGUGCUUGCAUCGUCCAGCCUCAGCUCCAGCCCCAGCCCCAUCUUCAGAAACAGCCGGACAUACCGAUGUCCCUCGAUGUCACUGAAGCUCAGGAGUCCUCUAUAUACGCCCAAACAUGGUCCCUAGAGUAUCGCAAGCUCAGUGAAGACCAGAAGUUCUAUGCCAAACGAGCAAUUGACGAGAUCUUUGUCCUAGGCCGCCUACGGCGCUUGAAAUUAAACACCGUGCCCCCAGCUGAGUAAACAGUCAUCUCCUUGGGAUAAUUGUCAUUAUAAAUAGAGGAUAAUCUGUACAUAUACAAAUUGGUAUUAACUAAAAGAAAUAUUAAUAGCGAAAACCGCCAUCGGUUCUAAAAA